GAUGAAGGUCACACACGACCCAUAAAACUAGCAAAAAUCUUCGCUCAACGUCUUCGAACUCGACGCCGUCCCGACCGCAGACGACAGACAUGGCGCCGACCAAUUUCGCGAAAAUCCUGGAGAUCCACAGCAUCGCGGCCGCCGUCGUCUUCGCGGUCCUGUAUGCGCCCUUGCUUCUCGUCUUUUUCGUCAAAGUGCUCCGGGGCUGGACAUGGACGCGGAUCGUCCUGACGCUUUUCUGCCAAGUUCGGAUAGUGGCGUUCAUCCUUAGGGCUGUUCUGGCGGGCUCUACGUCUGCCGGCGAAAACGAGUCUCUGUUCAUCGCCUACAGCGUAUUGUACAACGCGGGCUUUUACUGGGUGCUGAACAGCGCGUACUCUCUCGUGAUCGAUCGGGAGAACAUCCGCGGCGGCGUCUCCGCACAGCCGGAGGGACCGUUCAGCAUCCUCACCUUCAUCAUCCGCCAACGCCGUGUGGUCCAUAUCAUCCUGCUAGCUGCCCUCGGCCUUGGUAUCACCGGCGCGAUCGAGUCUACGAGCACAGACGCCAACACACGGUCCCGAGGCCAGACGCUUCGGGAAGCGAGCGUCUACAUCUUCCUCGUGGUCACCAUCCUGCUCGCUAUCCACGCCGUCCUGCUUGCCAUCGGCGCCAUGAACUCCCAACGCUCCGGGCUGCGCGUGCCUACGUCGCAGCAGCCGGAUCUAGGGCAGGAUCUCGACGCGACGCGCCUGGGCGCGCGAUACGAUAUACAUAUCCUCGCCGUCAUCGCCACGCUGUUCCUGGCGCGCGAAGCGUUCUUCGCCGGCACCUCUCACGAUUUCAAAACCCAGAACAGGGAGGCGAUCUGGUAUCCCCUCGCAGCCCUGACGGAAUACCUGGCGUUGUGCUUGUUCACUGUGCCGGGGUUGUUGCCGACUCGGGCGCAGCUCAAAGCGGCGAAGGCGUGAAGCCGAUGUUGGUUUUCCCGGCCUGCUGAUGUGGUCCGCGUCCGUGGUAUAUAUUCUUGUUCUUGCUGUUGAUAAU